CAGAAGAAACGCUUGUACUUCCCCACGUGUUCAUCAUGUCUACUAGAGCCGAUGCUGUGUAAGCUGAAGAGAGUAGCGACUUAUUGUCGUUUUAGUUCUGUAAUUUGUUCUUACUAAAUAUUUAACAGCGGUCGGUAAGAACAGCAAAGUGACAGUAUGGCUCAGAGAAAGAAGAAGCUGACGAAGAAGAAGAGGCACACAGCUAAAAGGGAGCAGGAGGCUGACUCUGACAUCGGAGACUUUGAGUUGGCUGCUGAAAUCAAAGAUGACGACUCUCCCGGGAAGAAACUGCCACGCUUCCCCGCUGCAUCAGAUGCCACAUCCGACGUGGAGCCCGACACCAGGGAACUGGUCCGAGCACAAAACAAGAAGAAGAAGAAGUCUGGAGGGUUUCAGUCUAUGGGUCUCAGUUUCCCUGUUUAUAAGGGUGUCAUGAAGAAGGGUUACAAAGUCCCUACUCCCAUUCAGAGGAAGACCAUUCCUGUGAUUCUGGAUGGGAAAGACGUAGUGGCUAUGGCGAGGACAGGCAGCGGGAAGACGGCAGCUUUUUUGGUCCCCAUGUUUGAGAAGCUUAAGGCCCCUCAAGCCCAAACGGGAGCCAGAGCUCUCAUCCUAACCCCCACCAGAGAGCUGGCCCUCCAGACCAUGAAGUUCACUAAAGAGUUGGGUAAAUUCACACGCCUGAAGACUGCUUUAAUCCUCGGUGGAGACAGCAUGGAGGAUCAGUUUGCCGCUCUUCAUGAAAACCCAGACAUAAUUAUUGGAACUCCUGGUCGUCUCAUGCACGUCAUCACGGACAUGAACCUGAAGCUGAACAGUGUGGAAUAUGUGGUGUUUGAUGAGGCUGACAGGUUGUUUGAAAUGGGUUUUGCCGAACAGCUUCAGGAAAUCAUCCGCAGGCUCCCAGACACCAGACAGACCCUCCUGUUCUCUGCUACUCUGCCCAAACUGUUGGUGGAGUUUGCCAGAGCCGGGCUGACUGAACCGGUGCUGAUUCGCUUGGAUGUUGAUUCAAAACUCAGUGACCAGAUUAAGUUGUCAUUCUUUUACCUGCGAGUGGAUGACAAGCCUGCGCUGCUGCUGCACCUCUUGAGGAACGUGGCGAAGCCUCAGGAGCAGACGGUGGUUUUCGCUGCCACUAAGCAUCAUGUGGAGUACCUGAAGGAGCUGUUGUCUUCAGAGGGCAUAGAGUGCGCCUACAUCUACAGCGCCCUGGAUCAGACUGCCAGAAAGAUCAACAUUGGGAAGUUUGUGCACAGAAAAGCCAUGGUGCUCCUUGUCACUGAUGUUGCAGCUCGUGGUAUAGACAUCCCCCUGCUGGACAAUGUCAUCAAUUACAACUUCCCCUCCAAAGCUAAACUCUUCUUGCACAGAGUCGGCCGUGUGGGGCGUGCAGGUCGCAGUGGAACAGCGUACAGCAUGGUUUGUCCAGAUGAGAUGCCUUACGUCUAUGAUCUUCACCUCUUUCUUGGAAGGCCUGUUCAGUUUGCUACAGCUGAGCACACACAGGAAUCAGAGGGUGUGUUUGGAAGAGUUCCUCAGUGCAUCUUGGACGACGAAGGUUCUCAUCUGAUUACGGCUCAUGAGAACUCCCUGGACUUGCAGAACCUGCACCGUGUCUCAGAGAACGCCUACAAGCAGUACCUGAAGUCCAGGCCGAUUGCCUCAGCAGAGUCGAUCAGACGGGUGAAAACCACCGACCUGUCCAGCAUGGCCGUCCAUCCUUUACUGGGUUUGGGUUUGGAGAAAAAUGAGCUGGAGCGUCUUCAAUUAGUCGAUGCGAUAAAGGGCUACAAAUCCAAAUCAACUAUUUUUGAAAUCAACUCUAACAGUAAGACAUCUGCAAGUGAGGUGAUGCGGAAGAAACGCUCGAAGGACAAACAGGUGGUGGAGAAGUUUAAGAAGCAGAGGGCGGAGAUAGCAGCAGGAAGCAGGCAGGAGCAGUCUGUCACUCGCAGGACUCAUCAUGAGGAGGAGGACGAUUAUGGAGCUCAUGGAGGAGAGGAGAGUGAUCUACAGGGGGUGUUCUCAGAAGUGGUCGGCGGUAAGAGAAGAAACCUGCAGGAUGAUGGAGGAGGACGUCCAAAGAGCAAGAAAGUCAGGGAAACAGGGAAAGACGAGGAAUAUUACAUCCCAUACAGACCUAAGGACUUUAACUCUGAGAGAGGAUUAAGCCUUGGUGCAGAGGGUACUCAUUUUGAACAGCAAGCCUCCUCGGCUGUCCUUGACCUCAUGGGAGACGAGGGCGAGCAAUUAAACCAGCACAAAAAAAUCAUGAAAUGGGACCGAAAACGGAAGCGUUUCGUGAGAGAGUCGGGAAAGGAGGAGAAAAACAAGAAGAUCAGAACCGAGAGCGGACAGAUUGUGAACAGCAAGAAACGGAAAAACUUUUAUGAGGAAUGGAAGAAGAAAUACAGGGUUGAUGAUGCAGGUUCAGAUGGAGACACAGGAGGAAGAAAGAGACCUUCUGGAGGUCGUGGCCGUGGCCGACAAGGUCCCAGCUCCCGCAGCCCUGCGGCUCCUCAGGUGACGGCAGGAGGUCGCAGAAUCCGAUCAGAACUGAAAUCCAGCGCACAGAUCCUGAAGAACCGUAAGAUAAAGCAGAAGCAGCAGUUUCUGCAGGGCGGGGGGAUGAAGAAAAUCCGCAGCAGGAACAAACAGUGGCUUGGAGAGGUGAAGAAGUCUGGCUUUGGUCGAGGUGGCCAGAAGAAGGGCAAGAUGAGGAAGAGACUGUGAGGGAGAGAUGUCAGCAAAGAGCUGACUACACAGUGAGAGGCACGCUGAGGCGUUCUGUGUGUCUCCAGGUUUUAAUAAUCUCAUGGUGAAUUCUGUAGCUCUGACCUGAGAGACAAUCUGGGGAGAUUAUAAGCUCGAGGACUCCGCAGCUUCCUGACUUUAGAUAUGGACUGUGAUCCUGCAAAAACUGUUUUAUCAAUGAUGGUCAAAUUCAUUAAAAGAGAUAAUAUCCUG